AUGGAUAAGAAGAAUACGACAUCCGAAGGUACACCAGUUAUUGACAAUUUUCAGGCCGACAAGGAACCCACAGAGCUACCUGGAGCAGAGAAUGUAGCAAAUGCUGCGACAGAGAGUAGUAUAAACGUCGGCGGAAAGAUCCCGCGACCACGAAAUGCCUUCAUCUUAUUUAGACAGCAUCAUCACAAGGUGCUGAUAGACGAAUGGACCACGCAGGGUGAAGAUAUCCCGCACAAUUCGAAGAUCUCGAAAAUACUGGGGCUCAAAUGGAAAAGUCUGAGUGACGAAGAGAGGAUAUACUGGGAGGGGUUGGCGAAAAAGGAGAAGAUCGAGCAUGAGAAGAAAUACCCCAACUACCGGUACAAGCCUGUGCGGAAACACAAGAGGAAGCAGAGCAAGCUUUUCAUGGAGCACGGGAUAUACGAAAACCUUUCGAGACAUAGUACUGGGUCAUCUGCUAGCAGUAGUGGUGGCUUUGUGAAUUCGCCGGUCAUUCCUUUGCCGGCGGCAUCUGCCCUGAAUCCGUCCACUGCUGGCUUCUAUCAUCAAAUUGCUGUUCCAGGUGCUAGUGCGCUCAUUGCCAGUUAUAGUGGCUCCUCAUCAGCCGCUGACGACGAUAAAUGGAGCCAGGUUGGACAGCCGCAGCAAUUGCAGCAAAUGCAGCUGCCAGCACAUCAGCAUCAACAGUCCCACACACAGCCCCAGUCUCAAUCUCAGUCUCAAUCUCAAUCACAGCCUCAAUCACAGCAAAUGCAGCAUCCCCGUUUUCCAUCCUCCGUUGAUAAUUCAAAUAUGUACAGUUCUGUGCCAUUUCGAAUGCCCCAUCAGAAUUCAGCGGGUGCAAUUCCAUAUGCACAACAACCAAAUAUAGCCCAAUCUCAUCUACACACGCCAUUUUCCUACAUGGACACAAACAGCCAAUUAGGGAAUGCAUCAAAACCGAAUCUCCUUACACAUCCUUACGCCCCAUUCCUAUUACAGCCGAACUAUAAGCCAGCUGAAAAGUCAUUGUUGUCAUCUGUCCCGCAGUCCCAGCCGCAAUCGCAUCAAAGGCCAGUACCGGUGCCACACCGGUCUGGAUCAGCAUCAGUGCCCGCACAUAUGCAUAUCGCGGGUACGUCCUCCCUUCCAGCAUCUCACGUGUCUGUUGGAUCUCAACAGGGUGCACCUUCACCCACUCCGCCGGUGAUUUAUUCACCAAGCUUGCAAAUGCAACAACAACAACAAAUGCAGCAACAACAGCAAAUGCAGCAACAACAGCAAAUGCAACAACAACAGCAAAUGCAACAACAACAGCAAAUGCAAAUGGAGAUGCAAAUUCAGAUGCAACGUCAAGCACAGAUGCAGCAUCAAGCACAAGUUCAAAUGCAAAUACAACACCAAGCACAGGUACAACAUCAAGUACAUACUCAAAAUCAGUAUCCAAUGCAUUCAAACAAAAUCGCUAAUGUGCCACCAAAUCAAUCAGAAUAUGCACAUGAAUAUCCCUACCAGACUUAUCAGCAUUCUUCAGCAUUCUCUCAACAGCCAUCAUUUUACAAAUCGCCAGAAAUACCUAAUAUUUCAACUCCUGUUCUGUCUCGUCAUCCAUCAAGUUCAACAAGCAAAGUAACAGUACAAUCUAUUGACAAUAAUUCUAUUGAAAGUAGUACUCAAGAGUUGAACAAUCCAAAUAGCAGACAGAACAGAUCAUGA